CUAUUGUUAGAAGCGAUUCGAGUCGUCGAUGGUGCCAAUUAUAGUCGCGUCGCUGCGGAGCCAAUUGGUGUUGUGUGAGGCGCGCGAGAUGGGCAACGGCGCAAACGACACGGCGGUGCCGACUGUCCCAAGCGGAGCCAUCGAGCGAUUACUCCUACCACCAGACGGCAUCGUCCGCACGAUCAUCGUGGCGAUUCUUGGACUCAGUUUUUACCUCCCGUUUGCGAUUCUCUUGUACUAUUGCAACCGCCACAAGCCCGCGAUUCGAUACCGAAACCCUGUCGAAAUGACGUUCACCGCCACGGCAGCGUUCGCGUACGGCUUUGCCCGGUGCAUGGGGUCGCUCUUUGUCGACAAGUUCUCGUGCACGUUUCGGCUCCUCUCGUUUGGGAUUCCUCUGCAGCUGGGACUGAUGGGGUACUUGCUAGCUGAACUAAGGGUCGUGCUCACGUUCAACUUGACGGAGCUCAUGGUCGCCCACGCGGAGAGGCGGAAAGUAAAUCGCCAUAAUCUGUCGCACUUGCACUCGCUGCUUCGCCGCGGGCUCCUCUCGGUGUACCGCAUCUUGAUCCACAUCCUAUGGAAUACGCCGCUCGUGAUCAUCCUGUACAGCAACGACUACAGUUCGUACAACGGGGAACAGUGUCCGUCUAGGUUGAACCACAAAGUGACGACGCUGUUUGCGACCGAAUUCCUCGUCAUUGUCGUUGCGUCCAUGGUGCUGUCGUUCAAGAUGAGCAAAGUCGUCGACAACUUUGGCUUGCGUCGGUCGUUUCAAGCAAGCGGUCGCAUUUUGUUUCUCUGGUUUUGCAUCUACUUUCCGAUCCUGGCGUUUUUCUUCGACACGGACGUUGUGCUGAGCUACCGACUCGACCUCUUCAUGGACAUCCUCAUUGCGCACACGUUCAUUUGGAUCCACAUCGUGCUGCCGCUGCGAGAAGCAUACAUGAUGCCCGACCACGACGUUGACGGCGCUGCUUUCAAAGGCACAACGGGGAUCCUCGACGCGUAUUUGCACACGCCGGAAGGGUUCAAGGCGUUUUCAACGUUUGCCAAGUCCGAGUUUCGCCUGGAAUGCGUCUUGGCGUGGAAAACGCUCGUGGAUUACCGCAUCGAGUCGCCCGACCACCUCUCGGCAUUUGAAAUAUACGAGCUGCACAUUGCCCCCGCGGCGCCGUUGUCGCUCGAGAAGGACAUCUCGCCAUCCAUCCUCAAGCGGUACGUACUCGCGUUUGAAGCGAACAGCAAGUACAGCAUUGCGCCGGAAGAAAUGGUUCGCGACGUCAACUACUUUGAUGUCCUGCUCGACGCGAUCAUGGACAAAAUCGUCGUGGAAACGCUGCCGCGGUUCCAGCAACAUGCGCUCGGCGCCAACUGGGGAGACUUUGUGUCCAAGUACAACACGCAAAUGGCGCUGGACAAGAUGCUCAACCGAGACCAAUGCGAGCCUUUCCUGCAGCCGAAUCGAACGAUGCCGACGAUCAAAGGCGAGUUGCUUCGUUCGUCGGGACGUCUUGGGCCGAUUGAAAGUCGACGAGAGAGCAUGCUACGUUCGUCGGUGGGGGGUGAUACCCUCGGCGACGAUGACAAGCCGCAGGAACACAACGCCAAGCGCGUUAACGCAAUGGAUGUCCGGCAUUCUUGACAACGUCGUUGACCUGCCGUCCUUGCAAGCACAUGUGCAUAUCACAGGG